CUAAGAUCUCACUUUCUCUCACUCCACCGAUUAUUCAUUUCCCUUCACGAACCUUAACCCUUCUCUCUGAAACUGUUAUCAGCUUAAAGAAUGGAGGGAGCAGCUGCCUCCGCCGUUAUUGAUGUUCUUGUUCAAAACCUGAUCGACUACAAGAAAAAGUUCAUACUUGUUCAAGGUCUCAACAAAGAAGCAGCAAAACUAACUGAGCGUAUGGAUGCUCUCCAGAAAUUCUUGGAAAACGCCGAGAUGAGUACCAUUCCCAGUGAUGGUGUCAAAAGAUGGCUCGACAUGCUUAAAGAGGUGACCAUCGAAGCUGACAAUGUUUUGGAUGAGUUCAACUAUGAUCUCCUUUCCAAAGCAAACAAGCCCAUCAAACCCAUGAAACAAAAGGUACUAUCAUGCUUCUCAUCAUGCCCUAAUAUAUUACGUUCCCGAAAUAUGGCUCUUAGAAUCCGAGAAAUCGAUGAGAAUUUGGAGUAUAUUUACAAUAAGGGAGAGGAGCUUGUCCUCAAUUACAUGGUUGCCACCUAUGAGCCCACUUUGCCUGAUGCUACUUUAGAAACUGACCCAUUCACUCUUGAUCCAAUUUUUAUUGGAAGAGAUGAUGUCGUGUUAGAAAUAGUUGAUAUUCUUACCACUUGUAUGACAACUGAUGAACGUGUUGUUAUCCUUGCCAUUGUGGGAAUGGGAGGAUUGGGGAAAACGACCUUGACCAAAAAAGUCUUCAGUCAUCUAAAGAAAGAGGCUCACUUUGGAUCAUAUAUCUGGGUUUGUGUUUCUCAAAAUUUUGAUCCAAACGUUCUUUUAAGGGAAAUCCUCAAAGGAUUGCCUUCCUCUUCCUAUUCUGAAGUUGAAACUGAGAGUAGGCAAGAUAUGCUGAAAAGGCUUCAAGAAGCUUUAAAAGAUAAAACUUAUCUCCUUAUUCUUGAUAAUGUUUGGAAUCAAGAUCGUCCCAAGUGGGAAGAUUUUAUUAAUUCCUUAUUGGACGUUACUUCUAUCAAGGGAAAUGCUAUUGUUGUUACCACUAGAAUUACAGAGUUUGCUACAAUUGUGAGGCCACAUCAUACACAUGAGCUGAAAGGGCUGUUAGAAAAUGAUUUUUGGACAAUUAUUAAAGAAAAAAGCUUAGGAAAACAAGAUUUUCCAUCGGAAUUAGAGGCUAUUGGGAAAAGGAUUGCAACAAGAUGUCAAGGUUUGCCAUUAGCUGCCAGCGUAUUUGGUGGAAUAAUGCGCGAUAAAUCUGAAGAAGAAUGGCUUUCAGUCGAAGAGAAUUGGCUUUCACACAUUGUAGAUAUCACAAAGAUAUUGAGUUUGAGCUAUGAUAACUUGUCUUCACUGUCACUGAAAAAGUGCUUCACAUACUGUUCGAUUUUUCCAAAAGGUCACAAAAUAGUGAGGCAAGAGUUGAUUGACCUAUGGAUAUUAGAAGGUUUUCUUCAACAUGACGAAAGAAAUGACAUGGAGACUGUGGGCAACAAUGUAUUCAAUAUUCUUCUACACAACUCUUUAUUGGUAGUUGAAGAGAGAGAUGUGUAUGGAAAUGUUGAAAGUUGUGUGAUGCACAAUCUUAUGCAUGAUCUCGCAAGUUCUCUUUUAAGUGGAACCGAUCAAGUUCGAUAUUUGUAUCACGGAGAUGGUGACGCUGAUAUAAAUGAAAGAACAGAAGAAGCAAACAAAUAUGUGCGUACGUUGAUCUUCCAAGGUGAAAUUAUUGAAACCACAGUCUUCUCGGGUUUCAAGUAUUUGCAAUUCCUCACUCUCGAUUGUGAUAAAGUUACAGAGUUACCGAGUUCCAUUCGUAUGUUGAUAUGUUUGAGGAAUCUUAAUAUUUCAAGAACACGAAUUGAAAAUUUGCCAGAUUGGAUUUGUGAACUCGGUGGUUUGCAAAAAUUGUAUGCAUUGACAUGGUCUUUGAAGGAACUGCCAAGUACGUUUGAGUACUUGAUUAGUUUACAGUAUUUUUAUAUUCAGAGUGGUGUAAAGUUGCCUCCUAGGAUUGGGAGAUUAACUAAUCUGCAAGCUCUCAAGUUUAGAGUGGGAGAGCUGAAAGGAUACACGAUUGAAGAGUUGGGGAGUUUGGACAAUCUCGAACGACUGUCUAUUGAGAAUCUGGAAAAGGUAGCUGACACUGAGGAAGCGAAGAAAGCAAAGUUAUCUAAGAAGCGAAAACUAAGCGCCUUGGAGUUAGAAUGGGGUGAAAAUGGGAAAUGUGGAAGAAAUGAUGGGCCUCUCAAAAAGGAAGAAAGGAAUGAUGAGGCUGUGUUGGAAGGACUCAAACCUCACCAAGAGCUAAAGGUGUUAAAGAUUGCAGGAUUCAAAGGCGAAAGAUUACCAUCAUGGAUUGUUGAAAGGAGGCUUGACUGGCUGAUCGAGAUAACACUGAGUAGCUGCCAAGAAUUUGAUGAAAUUCCGACAUUGGGGGACUUGCCAAAUCUCAAAUUUCUUAGUUUGAGCAAAUUGAGCAAUGUGAGGUCUAUAAAUUCUUUAUUCUGUUGGACUGGCAAUAGCGACGAAGUCAUCUUUCCAUCACUUGAAAGUAUGUCAUUGUUAAAUAUGGCUGAGCUGAGCGAGAAGAGACGAACAGAAUUUGCCAAUGAAGUGAAGGUAUUUCCUCAUCUUAAAUCCUUGAAGAUACACCACUGCUAUAGAUUGGAAUAUCUCCCAAACUGGUUAUUCCGUAAAACUCAUAGUCUCUCUGAAUUGGAUAUAAAGCAUUGCCCCAUGUUGAGAAUAUUACCAGAUGGUUUACACGCUCUAGAUUCUCUGGAGCAGUUGACUAUAAGAGGCUGUCGAAGUCUGAGGUCCAUAGCGUAUCCAAGUGGUGGGAGGAGCUUUACAUCCCUCCGUAGUUUGGAGAUUCAUGAUUGCCAUGAGCUGGUGGAAAUGGUGGAGCCAUUGGCGCCUUUGCUCAAGAAAGUGUCUAUGGUGGAGCUAAAGAGCCUUCAGAAUCUACCUAGGUUUCUUCGUUGCUUGGAAAAAUCACAAUUUCUUGAACAACUGACCGUUGUUGCUGUCCCUAUAUUCAUGUUCAAUUCUAGUGGCUAUGUCUGGCCUUUUCGCAGGUUGAAAAAAUUGGAGAUCGAUAUUAGCAGGCUAUGGUCAGAAGAGAAUAGAGUGGCCAUUAAUGCGAGAGUCGACUACAUAUUGCUAGACUGUCACUUUUCACUUGGUGAACUAACUUUGACAGGGCUAGAUAUAUGGAAGUGUUUGCCAAAAUCAAUUCAACAUCUCAAGGUUCUUCAUAGUUUAGAGUUGGAGGGUUUUGGAGAAGAAGCAUUGCCUGAAUGGUUUGGACAUCUCUCAUCUCUAACAAAGUUGUGCCUAUCUGAUUUUACAAACUUGAGGAGUCUUCCCUCAAUGCAGAGACUCACCAAAUUACAGGAGUUUCACAUUCGCGAUUGUCCAAAAUUACGGAUGGCCUCUGAGAGGCACCAGUUGCUGAGUCGCACCAUCAUCUACGUCAAUGGUCACAAGCUUUAGAUCUGCUGCUCAAUUCUUCGUUCCUUCUUGUGUUUCUAUAAGAAAGCUUAGGGGACUCUGGAGGAGGAUGAGGGAGGAUUUGUGUUGGAGUUUGAGGUGAAGAUGGAAUUAUUGUCCAUUAACAUUUCUUCAAAUCCACACUGGUUUGGCAUGUGUUUGUGUUGUGUGUACGUAUUUCUUGUACCUCAAAAUGGUGGCAAAAGAAGAUGAAGCAGAGACUUGUUUCCAAACAAUGUCGAAAUUUGUAUACCAAGAGAUAUUGACGGUUGUACUCAUUUUUAUCCGUGGUGUUAUUGCAUGAAAAUUGUAAAAUGUAUGGUAUUUAAGAAGUUCGGAUUGAUUUUGUUGUUGAACUUUUAUGUAGUUAUGGAUGUGCCGGACACAUCAUGUCAGAGCAAUUGGCGCUGCAUAGCUGCUGAGUCACCUCUGGCAAGCAGGCAACAACGACUCGACAGCUACGCAGCGCAGUUCAACAAACCAGUUUUUCCAUCACAUCAUCAUCAUCAUCAGUAACCAAUUUUGAGCAGCCAUCGGAUCAAUCCUUCUGUUCACUCUGUUUGAACCAACAUUCUCUAAUAAGUAGUAACUAAUAAGAUCUGUUGUGUUACACUGAGAUGUUGUUUCCUGCACUACCUACAUCGCAUACUUUGGGCAAUCCUGGGUGCCAUGGUCAUGGAGUUGGGGCGGAUAUCUUUGUUUCCAUUCUUUCUAUUUUUGUGUUGUUUUGGGCACAUUGUUAGCCCUUUUGUGUGAAGAGGGGUUUAGAUUUGUGAUGGGAGCUUGUUUAAUGUGUAUAAUAAUAGCUUUGUUUCUCUA